AUGGACACUGAUCUAACAAACACAACUGUUUAUAUCGACAAUCUUGACCUUGGUGUUGCAGAGGAGGGAUUGAGGUCGAUUUUCUUGCAAUUUGGUCAAAUAGUUUAUGUCAAAAUUCUUGCUGCAAAAGGAUGCAGGUUUGUUCAGUUUGUCAACAGAAAGCUGAAAUCGGGUGUUUUUGCUCAUCUUCGGUCAAAUUUAUGGAGCAAAAGCAUGAAGUUCAUCAAAGGGGGGAUAUGAGUUGUUACAUCAAAUGCAGCCUUACAUCGAAGAAGUUUUUAUUACUGAAAAUUUGGAACUUAGUGUUAAACUCUCAUGGAGUAAUGUGAAAUCAAGGGUAUGCACAAUCAAGGUACAAUAUGAUAUAAGAAGCUCCAGUGGAAAUGCCAUACAGGCACGUUCUCGACAUAUUCCAAAUAAUGUAGGAGAACAUGAGUGCAGCAACAUACAUCUACAAAAAAAUCAUUGAAGACCACCGAACACCAUAAGGAACCACACUGUUCCUACUCUUUUGUAAUCGAAUGCCCUGUAACGAUCUAUUAAUGAAUCGAUAUCUUUUUAUCGUCAUCUCUUUAUACAUUUAUCUACCCCAAAAACAAAAAAGGAUAUGGAUUGUUUUGGC